UUAUGGACAAGGAAGAAUCUAUCUCACCCCUGGAUCAACAAUAAAACACCAAUAAAAAUAUAAAUUUUUUAUAAAAAUCAAACAAAGAAGUCUCCUAACAAAAAUACACUUCAAAUGCCGUUGAGACGAUAUAACUAAGCGUUGCAUGUUUGUUGCAUGUGCUAAAAUAAUGUUGUUGCAGCAUUGCAACAUUUAUGCUGGCAUAGACUCGUUUGGAUUUGUCUAUAACACAAGUGGCGAACAACAAAGAGAAGAGCAACAACAACAACAGCAGCAGAGGCGACAGAAAUAUCAGCAAGACUCAGAGCAAAGCCAAAGACUAGGCCAUUCAAUCCACACUCGAAACAACAGCUGCAGCAGGAACAGCAACACCCACAACAACAGCAGCUGCAGCAGCAGCGGCAACAAACAACACCAACAUCUGUAUCGACAAACCGUGUCGAGUUGAUGGGCCCCUGGUACCUAAUUGGGGCCCUCCUACUGCUAUCAGCAAGAGCGGGGGACUCCACCAACAAGAUCAUACCACAGCAGAUUGGCUCGUCGCACACCAAUGCCGCCAACGGCAUCAGUGGAAUGCAUCACCACAUACCCAAGAACUCCAUUGCGACCAAUGCGGUCAACAACAACAACAACAAAGGCACAGUGCUCAGCGGCAAUGGGGUUAUCGUAGCCGGUGGUGGCUCAAUUAGCCCAUCAUCGUCGCUUAACACCAUUACAGAAGAACCCGAAUUUACUGAAUACAUUGAAAAUGUAACCGUACCUGCUGGACGCAAUAUCAAAUUGGCGUGUUCUGUUAAAAAUUUAGGAUCAUACAAGGUGGCCUGGAUGCACUUCGAACAAUCGGCCAUCUUAACCGUGCACAAUCAUGUGAUAACGCGCAAUCCACGCAUCAGUGUGACACACGACAAACAUGAUCGCCAUCGCAGCUGGUAUUUGCACAUCAACAAUGUCCAGGAGGAGGACAAAGGACGCUACAUGUGCCAGAUCAACACGGUGACGGCCAAAACGCAGUUUGGUUAUCUCAACGUAGUUGUGCCGCCCAACAUUGAUGACUCGUUGAGUUCAAGUGACGUCAUUGUACGGGAAAACUCCAACAUAUCACUGCGAUGUAAAGCGACCGGUAGUCCCAAACCGGUCAUCAAAUGGAAGAGAGAUGACAAUUCAAGGAUAACAAUUAGUAAAAAUCACAUAGUCAGCGAAUGGGAAGGUGAUACCCUGGAAUUGACGCGUAUCUCUCGCUUGGAUAUGGGCGCCUAUUUGUGCAUAGCCUCAAAUGGGGUGCCACCCACGGUUUCGAAGCGCAUCAAAGUUAGUGUGGACUUCCCUCCCAUGCUAUUGAUACCACAUCAAUUGGUUGGCGCCCCCGAAGGUUUCAAUGUAACAAUCGAAUGCUUUACCGAAGCACAUCCCACAUCGCUUAAUUACUGGACAAGAGGUGAGGGACCAAUUAUCCAUGAUUCGACCAAAUACAAGGUCGAAUCCAGCAUAGGAGUGCCUACAUACAAGACCCACAUGAAACUAACCAUCCUCAAUGUGAGCAGCGGCGAUGAUGGCAUCUAUAAAUGUGUGGCAAAAAAUCCACGCGGUGAAACGGAUGGCAUCAUAAGAUUAUAUGUUUCAUAUCCACCCACAACGGCACCUACAGGAAAUUUCCUCACCGAUCCAACGCGAUGGGAUGGUGCGUAUGGUUCAGAUUCAUCACGAAGUCAUCAUGGUUCGGAUAAAAAUAAAACUGCUGGUCCGAACGAUAUCUACGGCGUGCCCGGACAGGGCGAAGAACUGUCAAGUGCCGCUGCCGCUGACGUUGCUACUGCAGCUAACGCUAUAGGAAAACGCUUGCAAUCCCUGGCAUUGUUGUUAAUUUUGUUUAAAUACAUUUAAGGUGUUAUAAGGUGAAAUUAAAAAAUUAAAUAAAAAAUG